UUUGUGUUUUAGUCUCAGUCUGUAGAACCCAUCCCUUUCAAUCGCAGGAAAUUUAUUCCAAUUCGUUGAAAAGUAUUUCCAAAAACCAACAUUUUGAAUUGUUCACUUGCGAAUUUUUCGUUGAUAUUAUUGCAUAACUAUGGAUAACGCCGUUGGGAAUUUUGGAGACAAGUUCAAGUGCUUGGUGAAAGCGGAAGGCAAGGGAAUGGCUCUGAAGCUGGUGGGAUUCUACGCCGUUGGCUGGACCCUGCGCAAGUUGGUCAAGUGAAGUGCUCGCUGGCCAAAGGAAUUCCUCAAUUCCAUGGCUAGUUCACUGUCAAGUGUUUCAGUUUUGUCCCCUAUUUUAAAUUCCAUGUACGAAUAAAUUGUGGUCUUUACCUCAAAAUCACAA